ACUCAAAAUCUGACCUGUGAAAUAGACGGAACCAUUAAUGUGAAGCACUCGACAAAGUAACAGCAUGGCGUUAGGUCAAUUGAGUAAACUAUACGGUAUUUUACCGAGAAUUUCGUGGGGCACUACACAGAUAAACAUGCAGACUUGUUUGCUGUCGAUUCGACAAAAAUCCAGUCUCGGCCCUUUUGAAGACUCUAACAGCAAAGUGCAAAUAGGAGUGACUUCUGAUGGGAAGACCAUUGUGUGCCACCAUCCUGCUGCUGACGUUCCUUAUGAGCUCACUCAGCCAAUUGAGCGGCCAGACCCUUUGACCAACCAGGCAGAGACCCAUGAUCAGGUUUUGAAGGCCCACCUCAGCAAGGAGGUGCUGCAGAAUAAAACAGGACCUACUAUCGAGGAGCUGAGCAAGAUGUUCUUCACCACAAAACAUCGGUUUUAUCCUUUUGGACAGUAUCACAGGAGACGAAUCAAAAAAAAUCCCCCAAAGGACAGAUAGUUAAACUUUCACGUCAGUAACCUGCAAAUGCAUAUUUUUUUGUUUUGUUUUAUGAAGUGUUUAAUAAACUGUUAAAUACUGA